AUGCGUACCUCAACCUUUCUCGCAGCCGCCGUGGCUGUUGCUGGUGCCAGUGCUUGGAAAUAUCCAGACUGUGAUCCAGAUAACUGCUACAACCAGUUGACCGACAAGAAGAAUGCUGCCGGGUCCCCAAAGUUCUGCUUUGCCUACCUCGCCGGAAACAGCACCGACCCUGCUGCUAUUCCUUCUUCAUACAACAACUGCGCUGGUAACUACAAGGCCGUCAGCUCUGCUUGCUCUUGCAUUACAUACACUGCAACCCACACAAGCUCUGCUUCUACCACCUACACUGAUCCGCCAGUCACAACUACCAGCACCAGUGUCUCAGUCUCCACGACCAGUGCCAGCUCUGUGUCUAGCUCCGUCUACAGCUCCCUAUCAAGUGCUAGCAGUUCCGCCAGCUCUGUGUCCAGCUCUCUCUCCUCCGUCUCGAGCUCCGCCAGCAGCUCCCUAUCAAGUGCUAGCAGUUCCGCCAGCUCUGUGUCCAGCUCUCUCUCCUCCGUCUCGAGCUCCGCCAGCAGCUCGCUGUCAAGCAUCAUCAGCUCUGCCAGCAGCUCCGCCAGCUCUGUCUCAAGCUCUCUCUCAAGCUCUCUCUCAAGCUCUCUCUCAAGCUUGAGCAGCUCCGUUUCUACCGAAAGCUUGACCACCUCCACCGCUACCACCACUAAAGUCAUCACAAUCUCUUCUUGUGCACCAACUGUCACAGAUUGUCCUUACACCACCAAGCCAGUGACAACUACGACGGUUUCAACCUACACCACAAUUUGCCCGGUUUCUUCUACUACUGAGGGUCACCCAACUCCAUCCUCCACUGAGGGACACCCAACCCCAUCGGUCUCUUCCACCGAGGGUCACCCAACUCCUUCAGUCUCAUCUACUACUGAGGGACACCCAAUCCCAUCUACCUCAGUCAGCACCGUCUCGACCAUCUAUGGCAACAGUACCACAGUUGGCAGCACUUCUGCAGAGAGUACCACCAGCGUCCCUUUGACCACAUCCACUGCUACGACCACAAAGGUCAUCACCAUUUCUAGCUGCGCUCCUGAGGUCACCAACUGCCCAUACACCAGCAAGCCAGUUACCAGCACCACCGUCUUGACCUACACCACAAUUUGCCCGGUCUCUUCUACCACCGAGGGUCACCCAAGCGGACCAGCUUCCUCCACCACUGAGGGACACCCAAGCGCCCCGGUUUCUACUACCACCUCAGUCGCAACCGUUCCUUUGACCACCUCCACUGUCAGCACCACCAAGGUCGUAACCAUCUCCAGCUGUGCUCCUGAGGUUACCAACUGCCCUUACACUACUAAGCCUGUUACCAGCACUACUGUCUUGACCUACACCACAAUCUGCCCAGUUUCCUCUACCACUGAGGGACACCCAAGUGGCCCAGUCACCACCGCUACUGAAGGACACCCAACUACGACUGUCUCCGUCCCAGCUUCUACCUCUACUUACUCUCCUUGCGACCAAGUUUACUAUGACUGUGUCGCAGCCAACAACAAUGGAGCAGCUGGCAGCCCCAACUUCGCCGUCUGCGCUGCUAGCAGUGCUGCCUGCGUUGCAACCGCGACUCCUUCCGUCCCAGCUAGUGUUCCAAUGACCACCUCCACCAUCAGCUCUACCCAGGUCAUUACCAUUUCAGCCUGUGCACCAACCGUCACAGACUGCCCAUACACGACCAAGCCUUUGACCACCACCGCGGUCACUGUCUACACCACCUACUGCCCAGUUUCAUCUGUCGAGACUCCAGCUCCAGUUCCAUCGACCUCCUUGAUCACCUUGACCUCCAUCAUCAUGUCUACCAAGUCGUACACCAUCACUUCUUGCGCACCAGGUGUCAACUGCCCAGUCGGAUCCGUCACCUCAACUGUUGUCCCAGUCCCCAGCACCACAGUUGUCGUUUCCGUUUCCUCUGCUCAGCCAGUUGAGAGCCACCCAGCUCCAGGAACAUCCACCGUUGUUGUCUCCGUCUCAUCUGCUCCAGCUCCAGCUCCAUCCGCUCCAGUUGAGACUCACCCAGCUCCAUCUGCUCCUGCUCCUUCUGCUCCGGUUGAAACCCACCCAGCUCCAGAGUCAAGCGUCGUUGUCGUUCCAGGCCCAACCGAGACCUCAGUCGCCGUCUCAGUCUCUACCGCAGUUGUCCCAGCACCAAGUGCCCCAGCAGCUUCAUCUCCAGUUGCUGAGACCACCGUCGUCGCCUGCCCAGGUGGUGUUGACUGCCCAGCCUCCGUGACUGUCGUCCCAGUCGCAUCUACCUUGGUAGUCUGCCCAGGUGGACCAAACUGCCCAGCAACCGCUGCUCCAGUCACCAGCGCAGCAACCUCCGUCGGCACUCCAGUUGUCGUCCCAUCUGCCACCACAUCUGGUGUGGCCCAGUACACUGGUGCUGCUGGCCGUGCCACCUUUGAGAAGUUGGCCGCCGCUGCUGGUGUCGUUGCUUUCUUCUUGUAA